CAGUUGUUCUUUAAAAGGCUCACACGAAAGUGAAGACGAAGAACCGGUGUUUAUGUAUUUAUCUAUUUAUUUCGAAAAUCGAUUCCCCUAAUUUCUGAGAAUUUCAGUCACAAGUUUUUUAAAUUGAAUCGAAUUCGAAUUUCCCGUUGUUGUGAUGCCUUACCUAGUCCGAGAGAAUCUCUUCAUCAGCAACAUCAACGAUGCUGCUGAGAUUCUCCAAAACGGCACCGUUCACAACAACAACAACAUCACACACAUACUCUCCGUUCUCAGCUCCGCUUCCAUUUCCUUCUUCUCCGAAUGGCGUUCCACCUUCUCCAUCCCCGUCAAAGAGAUCUCCAAACUCCACGUCACCGACCUCCCCUCCGCCUCCAAGUUCGCUCUCUCGCCGGACAAACUCCUCUACUCGCUCGAGUACGCCGGUAAAGACCUCAAGCUCGUCAGAAUGGCAAUUCCUCUUAAGGAUACAGAGAACGAGAAUUUGUUGGAUUACCUUCAAGUUUGCAUCGAUUUCAUUGAUCGUAGUAGGAAAGAAGGUUCCGUUUUGGUUCACUGUUUCGCUGGUGUUUCUAGAAGUGCGGCGAUUAUUACGGCUUAUUUGAUGAGAAGCGAAAAUCUGUCACAAGAAGAUGCCCUUGAAUCUUUAAGACAGAGCUGUGAAUUUGUUUGCCCCAAUGAUGGUUUUCUUGAGCAGUUGAAAAUGUUUGAGGAGAUGGGUUUCAAGGUUGAUCAAUCUAGCUCUAUAUACAAGCGCUUUCGUCUCAAAAUACUCGGUGAGAAUCAUUUCUCAGGGUUGAGGAUAGAUAGUUCUAAACUUGGUGCAGAUCCUGGCGUGCCUGUUGAAUCUUCUUCAGAGGUGGACGAAGCUACUAAAGUAAAAAGUAAUAGUAGCCCUACAUAUCGCUGUAAGAAGUGCCGUCGCAUUGUUGCAUUGCAAGAACAUGUUGUAGAUCAUAUUCCUGGUGAGGGUGAGACAUCCUUUGGUUGGCAGAAGCGGAGAAGUGGCAAUCCUUUUAACAAGUCUAAUGAAUCUGAGUGUUCUUCCAUAUUUAUUGAGCCUCUACGAUGGAUGAAAGCUGUUGAGGAAGGCGCUUUGGAGGGAAAGCUGUCCUGUGCUCAUUGCGAUGCCCGUUUGGGAUACUUCAAUUGGGCAGGCAUACAAUGCAGCUGUGGAAGCUGGAUAACCCCAGCUUUUCAACUUCACAAAAGUCGGGUAGAUAUAAGCCCUGUGUAACCCUUGUUUUGCCACUUUAUGCAUAUCCUCAUUCUUUGAUAAGGCAUGCCACUUUUUUCCAUUCUGCUCAAGUUUUCCAAGCCGGUCUACUGCCAAUGAAGUUAUGGAAUGAUGGAUGGGAGUCUUGUUCCAUAGACCUGCUCAUGUUUUUCAGGCUUGACCAAUGUAGAGAGGAUUGUAGUUUUGCUUCUUCCUAAAUGAUUUUUAGGAUAUACAAUUGGAGAUUAAUUGUCCAUUUUCUAGUACAUGGUAAGGCAUGAGUUGGAUUCUUAAUGUUAGUCCUAAAAGUGUUAUGUUCAUGUACCUGGUUUUUUCUAUUUCUUAUCUUCAAAAUUUUCUUUUCCGUUGGAAGAGACCGUGGCUACAAGUUGAUAUCGACAUCUAUCUUAUAUGGGGAAUAAUACAUCUACAAUACCUUGAAUAUA